CUUAAGCAAUUUCAGAUGGUUGAGUUAAGAGUUCGUAUGGACUGCGAGGGGUGCGAAAGAAAAGUGAGGAACUCGCUAGAAAAUAUGAAAGGCGUGAAAUCGUUGGAAGUGGAUCGAAAGCAAUUCAAAGUGACAGUAACGGGUUACGUGGAGGCGAACAAGGUGUUGAAGAGGGUGAGAAGAAAGACGGGGAAAAAAGCAGAGAUGUGGCCAUACAAGCCUUACAAUCUGGUUUACUAUCCAUAUGCUGCUCAGGUCUACGAUAAAAAAGCUCCUGCUGGUUAUGUAAGGAACGUGGAACCCACCUUCCCCAAUCCGCAGAGAAGUGAUCAGGAGCAAUACACCUCUGCCUUCAGCGACGACAAUCCAAACGCUUGUUCAAUUAUGUAG